GUUGUGAGGAUGGUUGUGUACUCGUGUAAAUGCCUUAAUGUUCAAGUCUUCGGUCAAGAACCCCAGCAAAGGUUUGACUCAGAUUCCUUGGAGACCUGUCCCUUGGGGGCCAAGGGCAAGGUCAUAGAGCUCAUUGACCCAGGCUUCAACUUUACCCACAAAUGCCUGGUCCACCGUGAGAGAAAUGAUCCGUGGACGGUGUAUAUCUGUGUGCCGUGCCACAUGCGGACGCACGCCGUCAAUGUCCGAGCUAAUCUGCUGGUCAUCAAUUCAGAGAUGGAGGAUGGGGAGGAAGCUGUCUUAGCCAUGAGGAGUAGACCGGAGUACUCGAAGGUGUUCAAACUUGUUCUGGCUAAUCAAGAUGGGAAACACAGAGAAGAUGGAGUGGUCAAACCCCAGUCCCACGAGACCCUCCAGAAACAGCUGGGGGAUCUGCAAGCCGUGGUGUGCUCCUACCUGAAGGCCGAGGAGGAAGUGAUGGAGCGGAGAAUUCGCAAGUUUGAGGCAGAGCAGAGGGCGCAGUUCGACAAGCUGACGGAUCACGUCAAAUCGGAGAAGACCAAGCUUGUCAGUGUCUUGUUUCAAAACUCCGAAAGAAGGGACUUUUCAGCUAUGGCAGACAAAAAUCCUUCAAAAGGACAUGCAAAUCUGAGUCAUUCCAAGAGUGCAAUAGAAUACAACAGAACUACGCCACAGAAUCUCAACCAGUCCUCUCGAGAGCGGAACACCAGAAGAAUGAGAGACUCUAGUCCUGAUGUUUUUGCCAUGGAAGAGCUUGAGCUUGAGGACCAUGAUGGUGAUGAUGUUGGUGUUCCUAUUCGCUCUGAAAACUCUCGCCGGUCUGAGCGGUCGGACUACAGCGCUAGCCCCGAGCAAUAUGGCCGCCAGCGAUCAACCCACGUGAGUGUCCCCGAAGAGACAAUCAACGAGAUGGAUGAUGGGACGCUCAUGUCCACGUCUGUACCCAUCUCUAUGCCCACCGGACACUUUAGAAAUCUCAAGAGCCACACUUUCAGAGAAGACGACUUGGAGGAAGAAACAGCUGAGUUCGAUGAUAUCCCUCGCCACAUGCAGCAACUCUCGGAGAGCAUUCAGGAGCGGGAUCGCUAUAUCUUUGGUGACCGACCACGACAGAGGGUACACACAGGGGACUUUACGCAAGUCAAGUGGAAAUAGAUUCCCGAAGUAGAUACGCUUGCAGCAAUUUUUAUUGACUUUUACCGAGAAAUUGUGUGUGUGUGUGUGUGGUUUUUAUGUCUGAUGCUCUGACAGAGAACAAGAGUGUUCGGUUCGGAAGGCUGUUUCUGAUAUGCAUUCAUGUGUACUGGGCAAGUGAGUGAGAGGAAGGGAGUGCAUGCAGCAAGAAUGUUGAACUUUGACCUCUGAAACCUUUCCCGUCCUUUCCAUUCAAUGCCUCUCUCUCUCUCUCUCUCUUAGUCAA